CACAGUGACGGUGACUGUCACUGUCAAUGCACCUAACCUGACAAUUAACCUUUGACUUCUGCUGUGAAGUACAAAGGUGGAUACUUCCAGAGAGUCUGAGGCAGGAUCGCUGUGCUGUCAGCUGCUCCAGCAAGCAUAGAGAGAGCAGAGGGGUAAAGACAGCUCCACAAUGAAGGAGAGCCAUGAGCUCGUUUUCUUCGUCAAUGGACGCAAGAUUGUGGAGAAAAAUGUGGAUCCCGAAUUGACCCUUCUAACCUACCUGAGGAGAACAUUGGGUCUAACUGGAACCAAGCUAGGCUGUGGGGAAGGAGGAUGCGGCUCCUGUACUGUGAUGGUCUCUAAGUAUAACCGUCUCGAAAAGAAGAUCAUGCACAUUACUGUCAACGCCUGCCUUGCGCCGCUCUGUUCCCUGCACCGUACUGCCGUAACCACCGUCGAAGGGAUCGGUAGCAGUACCACCCAGCUUCACCCGGUCCAGGAACGGAUAGCCAAAUCCCAUGGCUCCCAGUGUGGAUUCUGCACCCCCGGGAUUGUCAUGUCUGUGUACACCUUAUUACGGAACAAUCCAGAUCCCACAAUGGCAGAGAUUGAAGAUACCCUCCAAGGAAACCUGUGUCGAUGUACAGGGUACAGAGCCAUCCUCGAGGGCUUAAGCACCUUUGCUAAACCGUCGAAGUGCUGUGUUCAGAGUGGGAAACAAACUGGCUGCUGUAAGGAGCAGUUUGCAGCUAAUCAUCUCGGGCCAUCAAACUGCUGUGGCCAGGAAGGGACAGAAAAUGGCUGCUGCAAGGGACAGUUUGGAGCCAAUCCACCUGGGAUGUCACCCAGGCUUUUUGAGCCAUCAGCUUUUAAACCUCUGGAUCCCACUCAGGAACCGAUUUUCCCGCCAGAGCUCCUGUUACCUCAGAAAUCACCUCAGGACACAUUGGUCUUUAAAGGGGAGCGUGUCACCUGGAUACAGCCAACAACCCUGAAGGAACUGUUGGUCUUAAAAGGCAGGCACCCAGAAGCCAGGCUUGUGGUUGGCAACACCGAAGUAGGCAUCGAAAUGAGAAUGAAGAACAUGUUGUACCCAAUAAUCUUGGCUCCAGCUCAUAUUCCUGAGAUGAAUUUUAGCUGCCACAAUGAUACCGGGAUUUUGUUCGGGGCAGCCUGUACCCUGUCCUACAUUGGCAGUGUACUGAAGCAGGCUGUAGACCAGCUUCCCAGUUACAAGACUGAGGUUUUCAAGGCCAUAUUGGAACAGCUGCGUUGGUUUGCAGGGCAACAAGUCCGGAAUGUCGCUGCAGUCGGAGGGAACAUCAUGACCGCCAGCCCUAUCUCGGACCUCAACCCCGUGUUCAUGGCAUCUGGCUGCCUGCUCACCUUGUCCUCUGAAGGUUGUAAACGCAUCGUGCGGAUGGACCAAGAUUUCUUCACAGGCUACAGGAAGACGAUGGUGAAGCCACAGGAAAUAUUGCUCUCCAUUGAGAUCCCCUACACCAAAAAGGGAGAAUAUUUCUCGGCAUACAAGCAAGCCCAGAGACGGGAUGACGACAUCGCAAUCGUGAACUGCGGGAUGAGAGUCGCUUUCAAGGAAGGCACCGACAUUGUGGAAGAGCUGGGGCUGAGUUACGGAGGCAUGGCUGUGAACACCGUGUUCGCAAAGCAGACGUGUAAACAGCUCCUUGGGAAGAAAUGGAACAGGUCGAUGCUCCAGGAAGCCUGCUCUCUGCUUGCUGACGAACUCACACUCUCACCCUCUGCUCCGGGUGGCAUGGUCCAAUUUCGACGCACCCUGACUCUCAGCUUCUUCUUCAAGUUCUACCUCACUGUCCUCCAGAAGCUGGGGCAAGACUUCAAGAAUGAUUUCCAAGUUGAAGCUAUCCCUCCGGAUUACCUCAGUGCCACGGAAUUAUUCCACAAGGACCAACCUUCAGCAGUUCAGCUGUUCCAGGAAGUGCCUCCUGGCGAGUGUCCCACGGAUGUAGUCGGACAGCCUCUGGCCCAUCUAUCGAGCAUCCAGCAGGCCACGGGAGAGGCAAUUUACUGUGAUGACCUUCCCCGCUUCGAGAACGAGCUCUACUUGGCCCUGGUGACCAGUACUGAAGCCCACGCCAAGAUAAGCUCAAUUGAUGCAAGCGAAGCCCUUAAGGUUGCUGGAGUCACGUGCUUCCUCACAGCGAAGGACGUCCCUGGGAGCAACCAGACUGGACCAAUUUUCAUGGAUGAAACAGUGUUCGCUGAUGGAGUGGUCACCUGUGUUGGGCAUGUCAUUGGGGCAAUUGUUGCUGACACAGAGGCUCAUGCCCAAACAGCUGCAAGAGCGGUAAACAUCACAUACGAGAAGCUUAAACCCAUUAUCACCAUUGAGGAGGCAAUCACCCACAAAUCAUUUCACAUGCCUGAGAAGAAAAUUGAGAACGGAAACAUCGAUCUGGGUUUUGCACAGUCGGAUGACAUAAUUGAGGGGGAAAUGUACAUUGGAGGCCAGGAGCACUUUUACCUGGAGACGCAGUGCACUGUGGCCAUACCCAGGGGCGAAGACGGCGAAAUGGAAAUCUUUGUGUCAACACAGAACCCUACACAAAUACAGACCUUCGUUGCCCUCGCGUUGGGUGUCCCUGCCAACAGGGUUGUCUGUCGGGUGAAGCGGAUCGGAGGGGGCUUCGGGGGCAAGGAAACACGCAGCUCGCUGCUGUCUACAGUCGUUGCAGUCGCUGCUCACAAGACAAAGCGACCUGUUCGAUGUUCACUGAAACGUGACGAGGACAUGUUGGUGACUGGCGGAAGAAAUCCUUUUCUGGGCCGCUACAAGGUCGGGUUUCAGAAGAAUGGGAAGAUUGUAGCUUUGGAUCUCAAGCUAUACUGCAAUGCUGGAAAUAGCCUGGACAUUUCAUCUGCUGUCAUGAGCCGCGCCCUGUUUCACAUGGACAAUGCCUACAAGAUCCCUAACGCCCGUGUGAUCAGCUACGUCUGCAAGACCAACCUGACCUCCAACACGGCGUUCCGGGGAUUUGGAGCGCCCCAGGCGAUGCUGAUUGCAGAGUGCUGGAUGAGUGAUAUCGUAGCAAAGUGCGGGCUGCCGUCAGAGCAGGUCCAGAGGCUGAACCUGUACCAGGAGGGAGAUACUACCUACACCAAUCAAAAGCUGGAAGCAGUCAACAUCACAAAAUGUUGGGAUGAGUGUUUGGAGAAUUCGUCUUUCCACAACAGGAGAAAAGCAGUGGAUGAUUUUAACAGGCAACAUCGCUGGAAGAAGAGAGGGUUGGCCAUUAUUCCAACCAAGUUCGGGAUAAGCUUCAAUGCAACAUUCUUAAAUCAGGCAGGAGCUUUGGUCCAUAUUUACACUGACGGCUCAGUCCUUCUGACUCAUGGUGGAGUUGAAAUGGGACAAGGCCUCCACACCAAGAUGGUUCAGACUGCCAGUAAAGCCCUGGGAAUUCCAGUUUCUCAGAUUCACAUCUCAGAGACCAGCACUAACACUGUCCCGAACACCAGUCCAACAGCAGCUUCUGUAAGCUCGGACCUAAAUGGAAUGGCUAUUUUAAACGCAUGCCAGACUCUUCUGGAGAGGCUGGAACCAUUUAAAGUCGCUAACCCAAAGGGAACAUGGAAAGAUUGGAUUUCUGCAGCUUAUAUGGACAGAGUGAGCCUGUCAGCGGCUGGAUUCUACAGGACUCCUGAUCUGAACUAUGACUGGGAUAAGAACGAAGGAAGGGCUUACAAUUAUUAUAGUUAUGGUGUGGCCUGCUCCGAGGUUGAAAUUGACUGUCUCACUGGAGACCACAAGAACCUGCGCACUGACAUUGUCAUGGAUGUGGGGAGCAGCCUGAACCCAGCUGUGGACAUUGGUCAGGUGGAAGGAGGUUUCAUGCAGGGUCUUGGGUAUUUUACGCUGGAGGAACUGCGCUACUCUCCAGGGGGUGUCCUGUAUACCCGGGGACCAGGAGCAUACAAGAUCCCAUCAGCUGGCGAUAUCCCAGCGCAGCUCAAUGUAUCCCUCCUCCGGGAAUCUCCAAAUAGAAAGGCCAUCUAUUCUUCCAAGGCUGUUGGAGAACCCCCCUUAUUCCUAGCUGCUUCCGUGUUCUUCGCCAUCAAAGAUGCCAUUGGCACUGCCCGAGCGGCAGCUGGGAAGACAGGCAGGUUCUGCCUGAACAGCCCAGCAACACCAGAGAGGAUAAGGACCGCCUGCAUUGAUGAGCUGAUAGGGAUGUGUCCGCCCGCCGAACCAGGGACCUUUACACCUUGGAAUAUCGAAGUGUGACAGGAGCCCGUCGGACACCACUGAGGGAACAUUUGGUGAACGAAAUGUUCUUCAAUCUCCUGCUUUUCGAAAGGUCUUCAGCAGAGCUUAGCCUGGUGGGGACUACCCCACUCCUCUGUCACCAACCCCUACCUCUUAGAGCUCUUCUCAUUCUUUUAGAAUAUCACUCUAACUCGUGCCCAAAUCUGUCCAGCUGGCGAUCUUUUCAAGAAGAAUUUGCUGCAUUGCGCACAAAUGAUGGUUCAUUCAAUAUUUAAAUCAAAGAAUUGAUCAAAAAAUUAAUCCGACUACUUCCUGGGAGAGGAAAAUGAUGAUCUUGUUUUUUGACUGAUAAACUGAAUGAUUUGCAACAUGACAAACAUGGGCUGCAGAAUGGGCUGCUGGGCGUCAGAUACAGCUUCAUACCAGCAGUUGAGAGGUGAUGCGUUUAGCAGAAGGAAUAGGGCCAGGCAAAAUAGGCUUAAUAAGAUUAUUUGCAGAGCAGAGGGUGAAUGAUCAUCAGCUUUUCAAGGUGGCAGAGUACAAAUUAGGAACAAAAGCAGACGUUGCUGGAUCAGCUCAGCAGGUCUGGCAGCAUCUGUGGAGGAGAAAACAGAGUUAACGUUUCUGGUCCAGUGACCCCUUCCUCAACCUCAGAGUGUGUCUGAGGAAGGGUCACAGAACCCGAAAUGUUAACUCUGUUUGUUUUUCCUUCACGGAUGCUGCCAGACCUGCUGAGCUUUUCCAGCAACUUUGUUUUUGUUCCUGAUUUACAGCAUCUGCAGCUCUUUCAAUUUUUGUUACGUAUCUGAAACAUGUCGAUAUGCGGCAAGACCUGGACAAACAGAUCAGCCAUGAUCAGUGUGGAGGUUAAAGCAGGGAUCAAGGGCUGAAUGACCUACCUCUGCUACUGUUUCUUGUGGACAAGUCCAGAAUUGGGCAGUCAAGUGACAAGUAACAUCUUCACUGCAUGGGCGCCUGGAAAUGGCCGUCUCCAACAGGACAGAAUUGUACCAUCAUCCCCUUCAUGUUCAGUCACAUCACCAGCAGUGAACCACCCCCCUCAAUCAGCAUCCUGAGGGUUACCAUGGCGCAGAAACUCCACUGGGCCAUCAUAUAAAUACUGUGGCUACAAGAGAAGGGCAGAGCCUCGACAUCCUGAGGUGAUUAACCCCCUCCUGGCUCCCAAAGCCUGUCCAUCACCUAUAAGGCACUGGUAGGGAGUCACAGGCCAGUACUCUACACUUGCCUGGUUGGGUGCAGUUCCAAUAACACUCAAGAAGCUUUCCUUCAGCCAAGUCAAACAUGUUCUGCUUGAUUGGUAGCCUAUCCAGCAUACACUCCCUUUUGAACCAAUGCAACAGAGUGUAUCAUCUCCAGGCUGAACUGCCGAUACUCAGCUAGGAUCCUAUCCCCGGACUUUUCAAGCCUGCAACCUGCAACCAGCUGGAGAGACAAGGGCAGUGGAUACCCGAGGACACCACUGACUGCUCCUCCUCAAGCCACAAAAUCAUUGCUAUUCCUUCAGUGAUGGCUGGGACAAAAUUCCAGAACUCCUUUCCUUUACCUAUUCAUGGGAUGAGGGCAACACUGGCUAGACCAGCAAUUGUUGCCCAUCCCUAAUUGCCCAGAGGGCAGUUGAGAGUCAGCCAUAUUGCUGUGGGUCUGCAGUCACUUGUAGGCCAGACCAGGUAAGGAUGGCCGUUUCCUUCCCUAAAUGACAUUAGUGAACCAGAUGGGGCAUCCACCCCCCCAUAACCAACAAUAGAUACGUGGCCAUCAUUAAACUCUCAACUCCAGAUUUAUAUUCCACCAACUGCUAUGUUGGGAUUUGAUCCCAGGUGCCUUGAUCAUUACCUGGAUCUCUGGAUUAAUAGUCCAGAGAUAAUACCACUAGGCCAUCGCCUCCUCCUGCAUUUUUGCUGGCCUUGUGGGUGUCCCUAUAACAUGCAGACUACAACUGUCCAAGGAUGCAGCUCAGCACCACCUUUUCCAGAGCAAUUAGGGAUUGGGGUUAAAUGCUCACCACACUGGCUUUCAGCAAACUCUUCUGAAAACAUGUCAGAUUCCAGAUGUACACUAACAACAUUUCAUUCCACUUCACUAACACCUGUCUGCACCCCUCCACACUCAAUCAGGGAUGGAUUUGAAGCUCCCCCUGGUGAUGGUUUUGAAGUUUUAGUUAAAUCCAACGUGUCAUCUAUCCAUCUGCCUCUGCUCCCACUCCAAAUAUACCAGUGAGGGGGUUGUUGAUGGGAACUUGGCCCGUCAGCGAGACAGUUCCAUCUCUUAAGAGAGCAAAUAAUGUCAAUUUAUUGACUCUACCAAACUGUUAGUGCAGGCUUCAUGGGAUGAAUGGUCUCCUUCUGGGCUGUAUUGCUGCAGACUCCACAAAAGUUGCAACAUCUCACAUGCUGAUAAUCUGACUCGCUGUUCUUUGUAGUUUAUAUCAGAAUGAGCCACAUUAAGACUUCCUUUGAAUUAAACUUUGCAAAAGGCAAAGAAGCACACAAUUUUUCUCAAAUGAUUGGAUACUUUUCUAACAACCAGCUACUACUCAUGUCAUGAUCUUUUGCUUGGAAAUUCUCUGCGCUGCAUGUGAUCAGCUUGCAUUCACUGGUCUUUUAGCCCUCCCUUUUGCUAUCGUGAGAUGAAACUAUCCUCUUGAAACCCGGGGGGAGGACCAGAAAAGCAAUAAGGAUGCGAAAAACAAUUCAAUGAGUCGAUUUAACUCUGCUUUUGUGAAAUAUGUAUUUUGUUGAUGUUUUCC